AUGUCGCAGAGUAAGCGAAAACACAACUCUGCUGCUCCAUUUGCACAAAAGUUGCUUCAAUACACCACAAUUCACAAAAAAGAAACGCGCGAAGACAAAGAAGACAAAGAAGAAGAUAGAGAUAUAACUCUCGCAAUCGUCAUGUCUUCUCGCGUCGUCGCCCAAGUUUCGUCGCGACGAGGAGGACGCUUUUUAUCUUCGUUGUUGUUCUCGUCGUCGUCUAACACUCCUCACGCUCGCACGUUUCCCGACGCCUCCCUGCUGUGGGGGCAAAUGCAUCAUCGAUCGUCGUCGUCUUUGUUCGUCGUCGAUGAUGAUGUCGUGGUUAAAGGUCGAGCGACGAGCAAAAAAAUGUUUUUCACGACGUGUGCGCGAGCAAGAGCAGCAGCAGCCGGUGGGGAGGAGGAGGAGGGCGGAGAGACGUCCUCUUCCUCUUCCUCCUCAGAGAGCGAAGAUGUUGGGGAAAAGAACGACAACAACACCAGCAAGAGCAACAAGCGUCUGACGAGGAAAGACAAAGGGUCGUACGCCGGGAUGUUGACUGAAAUCGACUCGUACGAAUCGCACGAGUUUAGGAGAACGAACUUAUACGACACGAGAGAACACGUUGGGUUGGAGGAAAACCGCGAGAAAGUUUUGAACGAGUUAUUAGAAAGGGUCGAGGAGAUUACGAGUUCGGAGGAGUACAAGGCGGCGUUGGCGAAAGAAAUGGCGGAGAUGGAGGAAGAGGAGAAAAACGGGACGGAGAGGAUAUUGGAGUGGGAGACGAAUUUGGUUUUAGAGGCUGGUGGGACGCAAGAUCACGGUUUAAAUAAGAAGGUGAGUUUAAAAGUGAACGUGGACGCUUUGAUGAAGGAGACUGGGUUGUCCGAGGAGGCGAUGGACUACAUCAAGGCUAUUUGCGGGAAACGGUUUUUGAAAAAGACGAACGAGAUUCGAAUCGUGUGUCGGAGAUACGCGGAUAGAGAACAUAACAGACAGUGGUGUUUGAGAGCGCUGUAUGAGCUGAUAGAGGAAGGGCAGAAGGAAUUCCCGAGCGGCGGUUUCAAGAGGGAGGAUAUCAUAGAGUUGAACGCCAAGCGACGAAAUGAACUUGGAGAUUCGGCGACGUACGUAUCUCAGAACUAA